UUGCGUCAAGCAGCACUACAUUUUGUUUUAUACAAAAUAAGCUCGUGCAUUCACAACAAAAAUUGAUUAGUAGUAAUCGUUGAUAUCACAUAACCAAAUCUCAAGUUUUCUGCAAUGGGUCAGACCAUAAGUAGAUCAGUCGAGUCCAGAGAGUCCAUUAUUGCCUACAGAAACUUCCUGAAACUCUACAGAAAUCAGCACAGACAAAUGCGAACCAAUGAUGCGUUUUCCAAUGCAGCGCGUGUUUGGGGAACUUUCUCGCCGGCUCAGCGGAAUCGAUAUGCUCAUAUGGGCUCCGUCACCAAGAUUAUUAUGGAUGUGCCCAAGCGGGUGGCUCCCAAGAGGGCCAACAAGAUGGCCGGGAAAGUGGCUGCUCGCAAAAAGGUGGUUAAAAAGAAUCUCAAGGCGAAGAGAGUUCCUCAGCGGCGAGCUCGCGAUGUGGUCACCUCCUAUAGGCCGCUAAUCGGCAGCAGAGCUCCCGUUGCCGGCGUUAAGAAGAUCUCGAACAAGGAGGCAAUUAGGGAGAGCUUGCUGCCCUCGAAUGGCUUUCUAAACUUCAUGGAGUUCUACCAUGAGAUACAUCGCGAAAUGCCGAAAUCCUUGGCGGUGAAGGAGGCCGUUAGUGUCUGGAGCGAUAUGAACGUGGAGCAGCGUGGCAUUUUCAGCAUGGACUUGUAGCGGGUAUCUCCUAGUCACCAUGUCACCCACUUCACUCAAUCAAUGCCCCACGCAUGGCCGCCUGUCACGAGAGAUUCCAAUUCGGAAUCAAGCCUAGCCAAGCGGUUACACAAUCGCCGUGAGUUCCGCGCCCAAACACAUGUACACUCCAUCACGCAACCGGCGGCACGAAUGUCCAGAGCAACAGUGGGAGUAGAAUAAACAACAGCAGGAGCAGGAGCAGGAGCAGGAUGAGGGGCAGAAAUAUAAACAGAAACAGAGCCCACAAUCAUUCACAUUUAAAUUAACAUUUCCCGCCGACGAUUAUCCUAAUUGCGAGCUGAGGCCGCUCGUCCUGGCCAAAGAUGUGGAGUAUGCGCCGCCUUGUAUUUAAUAUUUACAUUCGCCUCGGUGACGGCACGCGAGUCGGCUAAAAAAUGGAUUCAAUGUAACGCGAAACAAGCGAGGCCUCAUAAAAAUGAAAUGCGGAUAAAUCAAAUUAGCAUUUUGUACAAAUAGCAAAGCAUUAGCUCGCGUACGGCGGCAAUUUGUAAUGCCAAAGGCCGCAUGAAUGAGUCCUGGCAAAGGACAUGCAAGCAGUUCGUUUUGGAGGUCAUGCCAAAAAGUGAUUGCAUAAUUACCCGGCCUCGGAUGUUGCAAGAUCACAUUCCCGAAAUGAACAUUAAAACUAAUGGCACGAGCCGCAGCCAGACAUCCCGAUUCAAUUAGACUGCUCCUGCGGCCAGGAUAACCACUCCACGGGUCAAGUAGUGGGUCAGCGCUGGAUUUUUGUGGGCCAACUCACUCGCUGCUCUGCUGGCAAAUGUUCGUGUUUUACUACGGCGACUUUAUUGCAACACAAUGCUAUUUUAAGUGCCAGCAAUAAAAAUGAUUUAUU